AUGGUUAAGGAAAAAAAGUCUGUUACAUUCCAGUUAGUUUCCGCAUCAAAUGCGGAUAACAGAUCAGAUAAACUGCCAUGGCAGAGAACAUUAGUUCUAAAAGAGAGCCAAAAUGAUAUUUGGAAGAACCGUAACCCAUCCCAGGUUCCAAAGGAUCUUCUGAAGAAUUUAGACCCUCAUGAUUUCGGAAUCCAUGAUAAUUUAAAUAAAACACAAAAGCAACUUUUAAUAAAGAACAUUUACGGAAAUCUUGAUACAUUUAAAAAGUUCGAUAAACCGACCAAAAAACAGACUAAACAAAAAGUACCUGAGGAUGACCUCGAAGGCGACUGUUACUUUCCCAAAGACGGGUAUGAUUAUGAACAACACCUUGCAACUAUUAACCCGAAGUAUUUUAUUCCAGCACCAAAACAUACUAACGAUGAUCCAUAUGUUGAAAUCUCAGCCGAUUUCCCAGAUUUAAACGAUAGUGUAGAAGGGAAACUCGAUCCAGAAGUGGGUGAAGUUCUUGAGGCAUUGGAAAGUGAUAAUGAACUUGAAGCAAUCGACGACGAUUUCGUAUCACAAGCAAUUGGCUGUGAAGAAGAUCUAGAUGAAGAUGAUUUACUCUGGGGAAAUUAUACUCCAAUGAUACCUACAUCAAUCCUAGAUAAUAUUAACAACCAUGAUAUAAUAGAGGAUAACGAAGAAAUUUCUGAUGAUAUGAUUGAAAAUCCAUUGGAAAGAGGAUAUUUGAAGGAUUUAAACCACUACAACGCCUUAGAUAAGGACAAAAUGACAAUUCUUGACCCUAUAAUCCCAAAGGAUAAAAUAUACGAAAUUCUGGAGAAUGAUGAACACUUUAAUGAGAUAUCUAGUGAAUCUGAUUUCGACGAUGAAUAUGAAUAUGAAUCCUCUGAAUCUGACCACUGGGAUGUUGAGACUGUUUUGACAACAUACUCAAACUCUACAAAUCACCCAAAGAUGAUACUCUCAAGGAAAAUUAAGGUUCCCAAUCCAACUCCAUUAAAGGAUAAUAGCACAAAUAAGAAGUUGGAUAUCGAUACAAUACAGCUCCCAGAAGUUAAUACAACUAGAGUAAAAGGGGAAAGUUUAGAAGAGAAGCGUGAGAGAAAGUUAGCAGUAAAGAGAACAAAAGCACUCAUACAAGAAGUUAAAAGAAACAAUAAACAAAUCCUAAAAGAAGUUAGAAGGAAGAAUGCAGUAACAAAUUCUAAAGGAUGUUAUGAUAUUACAAAUGGAGUUAAAUACCUUAAAUUAUAA